AUGUUUGCACGUGUUUUAUUUGUAGCAGUACUGUAUGAGCUACAAUUUGAGUGUACGAUAAUAAAGUUCAAGGAGCCUGAAAUUAUAAGUAACACUAAAAUCGAAUUAAAACCCGUUCACAUAUCGACCAGAUUGAACGAUAUCGUCAUUUUAACAGCACCUAUUAUCAACAACCAAACUAUUUACUACUUAAGCAAACCAAAUGGUGAUGUAACGAAACUUAAUUUAAAUAUAAAUGCAACUGCUUACUACGAAUCCAAUGUAUACGACGUGAUCGUAGUGAUCAUGAAAAGAAGGUUACAAUCAAUAAUAACAUCAGUGAAUGAAUAUAGUUUAUUCAACCUUAAUACCGAAUGCUGUACCGAUAAAGAUAUAUUUGCUGAAAAAGAAAGGGAGUUAAAGGCGAAUGAUUUCAUGAUAGGUCCUCUAAUAGGUGAUGAUCAUGGGAAUUGGGCGCUAAGUGCUUAUUUCAAGAAUUUUGACGAAUGGAUUGAGGUGUUUCAAGUAAUUACAAUUGAAAUUAUAGAACCAUUAUCUACAGAGCCAGCAAAACCAACGUUAAGGCCUGGAGAAACUUUCAACUUGCGUUUCGCGUAUGCCAUAAAAGAUCUACAGAGUUGUGAAAUUGUAGCUCCAAGAUCUACUUUUGAUAGAUUUUAUGAUAGAAAUAUGGAGUUUUCAGAUUUUUGCAGUUUUCGAAUACCAAAUGUGACUAAACACGAUGCUGGACUAUGGAGGAUUAUUGGAGUUGGCAGGAUAGUACGGAAAUUUGUAGAAAGAGAAAAUAAAAGAAAA